UAUCUUGUACCGGUUUGCAACAAUCGAAGCUCGACCAAAAUCGAAAUGUUAAAAAGAUUACUAUUCCAGGCUUCAACUCAGCGUCGUUCGCUGUUUGGUGCUUCCGCACCACUCUCACGGUGUCGUCAAUAUUCUUCUUCUCCUGCAUCAACUUCCCAAUCUUCUAACAGUACUUCUGUCGAACACUUGGAGGACAGAGAAGUUAGUACCACUCCCCCUUCUGCAGCAAUCUCCAUUGACCGAUCCGGCUUAUAUAAUCCUCCCGAGCAUUCCCAUGAACCGUCAUCGGGUACCGAGCUUGUUAAGCAUCUUAAGAGCAUCAUCAAGUUCAGAGGCGGGCCCAUCUCAGUUGCCGAAUAUAUGGAGGAAGUCUUGACUAACCCAAAGGCAGGAUUCUAUAUUAAUCGCGAUGUGUUUGGCGCAGAAGGUGAUUUUAUUACCUCUCCUGAAGUAAGCCAGAUGUUUGGAGAGAUGGUUGGUGUUUGGGCCAUGUGUCUUUGGGAGCAAAUGGGGCAACCGAAUAAAAUAAAUCUUGUAGAGCUGGGACCAGGACGAGGAACUCUCUUAGCUGAUCUUCUACGUGGUGCAUCAAAAUUUAGGAACUUCACAGAUUCUUUGCACAUACACAUGGUUGAAUGUAGUCCAACUCUAAAGAAACUCCAAUAUCAGAACUUGAUGUGUAUAAACAAGAAUGAUACAGAUGGAGAUGCAGAGGAACACAUUAUAAGCAGGUUGACUGGGACCAGUGUAUCAUGGCAUGCCACCCUGGAGCAAGUUCCGGCAGGAAUACCUACAAUCAUUAUUGCCCAUGAAUUUUACGAUGCCUUACCUGUUCAUCAGUUUCAGAGAGCAUCUCGAGGUUGGUGUGAGAAAAUGGUUGAUGUUGCUGAAAAUUCAAUGUUUCAGUUUGUUUUAUCUAAACAGCCAACUCCUGCAACUCUGUAUCUUCUGAAGCGCUUCAAAUGGGCUGAGAAUGAAGAUAUAGGCAAGCUUGAACAAGUUGAGGUUUGCCCCAAAGCAAUGGAGUUGACUCAAGAAAUUGCUAAAAGAAUUGGCUCAGAUGGUGGCGGGGCACUCAUUAUUGAUUAUGGUCUAAAUGGAAUAGUGUCAGACAGUCUUCAGGCUAUCCGAAAACAUGGAUUUGUUAAUAUACUUGAUAAUCCUGGAACUGCUGAUCUUAGUGCUUAUGUUGACUUUGCUGCAAUCAGGCACUCUGCAGAGGAAGCUUCAGAUGAUGUGACUGUGAAUGGCCCAAUGACUCAGUCUCAGUUUCUUGGAUCACUUGGAAUAAAUUUCAGGGUUGAGGCAUUGAUGGAGAACUGCACAGAUGAGCAGGCUGAUUCUUUAAGAACAGGUUACUGGCGUUUGGUGGGUGAAGGCGAGGCCCCAUUCUGGGAGGGUCCUGAGGGGCAGGCACCUAUUGGGAUGGGGACCAGAUAUUUGGCAAUGACAAUUGUGAACAAGAAGCAAGGAGUACCUAUUCCAUUUCAAUGAAACAUCUGCAAAUGGGCUUCCUGUUGUACUGGAAAAUGACCGUAUCCCCUUAGGUUUGGGGGAUUGUGGAAUUUGCUUCAUAACUUUUUCAUCUGCCAUUAAUGUGUAUAGCUGGAUGAAAGGCUAGGAAGAGACAGGAUGGUGAUGCUAGUUUUGUCCUGUUUCGAUGCAAUCAGUCUUUUCCUUUUGUUCUGAAGGAGAGAAUAUUUAGUCUUUUCAUACGUCUUUGUUUCUUCAGUUCUCUCGUGUCUCAACUGUGGUGCAACAAGAGAAUGUAGAUCCUACAUCAAGUUGUUAAGCUUUAUUGUUCCUGAAAGUUCAGCGGAAGCUAAAAGACUGAACCACUGGUAAGCUUCCACUUGAAGCGAAACUCGAGCAAACUGUAUGCAGUGGGAAUAAGUUCAUAAGGGAUCAUAUUUGUGUGUUUAGCAAUAUAAAUAUAAACAAUGUCUCCCUGUGGUUUUGCUAGUAUACAGUCGAUUUUUCUCAGGCAAAGCUUCCUGAAAUAAUUAUAUGGGAAUGCUUCCUUCUUAGAACAUUUUACUGUAUAUUGUUUUAAUGCUUUGUAGAAGAAGAGUGGUUGAUAUCUGUUGGAUGUAGCAUUUGCAUUUUGGGUGGGAGAGAAUGUACUGUUACAUAGGCUGUCAAAAGGAUUAAGCUCCAUCAGACAACUUUGUAGCACUAAAACUUCCCCUUUGACAAUGACCUGAUAUUUUAUUAAGAAAAAACUGCAUUUUAAAA